UCCGGUAAAAUACACAGACAAAAACAUACUACGACAACGUGUGAAAAGGAAACAAGACAAAGUCAAACAGUACACUGAUGCCAGGAGAAAUGCAAAGUCCUCUAGACUCCAACCUGGAGACCUGGUGCGGAUUAAGAAACCCCGGAAAGUAAAGAAAGGUGACCAAAAGUUCACACAACCAAGAUCUGUUGUGCAGAAGAGAGGUGAGGAUUCCUAUCUCUUGGAUGAUGGUAAAAUAUGGAAUGCUUCACGUCUUGCUGGAGUGCCAGAAACGAGUGGUGCCGACACUUACAAAAAGCAACAAUCUGCAUCACAAAUGGUUAACCCUCCGAGUGUGCCAUUCAGGUGUACUAGAAUAAGGCAGAAACCUAUCUGGACUAAGGACUAUGUUUUACAUGAGUAAGGAAAUGAAGAGUGAUUGAACUGUUAAAAUAAUUGAGUCAAGAAGAUAGAAAGUUAAAAAUAUUUUCUUCAUUUAAUUGUGAUUCCCAGUACCUGUUUAUUAUAGGCUUAUACAUGUUUCUGUUGUUUAAAGCCUGCUACAUUCUUUCUGAAAAGGGGAAGAUGUUGUGUCUGAAUAAUUGUGCUACUUUGAAGGCCUCCCCUAGAUGGCACUGUUGAGGUACUUGUUCGAGGGGGAAAGAGUAAGAAGGAGGAGAAUUGCUGAAAACCAUGUCAAGAUUGUUGGAGGAUAUGAAUGCGAGCCUCAUUCCCAGCCCUGGAUGGCGUUUCUGAAAGCGAGUUUUCACCAAUGCGGUGGAUUUCUGAUCAAUCAGAACUGGAUCUUGUCAGCCGCCCACUGCUACGACACCCGCAUAGAGGUCCGUCUGGGUAAACACAACGUUGCCGUGGAUGAGAGAAGCGAGCAGUCCAUCCUGUCUGAGCGUGCCAUCCGUCACCCGCAGUUUAACUAUGCCACCCUUGACAAUGAUAUCAUGCUGAUCAAGUUGAGCAAACCUGCGACUCUCAAUGAGUUUGUGAAGCCUGUGGACCUGCCCAGAAGCUGUGCUCCUCCAGACACCAUGUGCAGAGUCUCCGGCUGGGGAGUCACCAUGAACGAUGCGGUUGAUUCUGAUAAGCUGCAGUGUCUGAAUCUUUCCAUCAUCUCCGAUCGUGACUGUAAUAAGUCCUACCCUGGCCUAAUCACUGCCUCCAUGUUCUGUGCUGGAUGUCUGGAGGGAGGAAAGGGCGUUUGCCAGGGUGACUCAGGUGGCCCUAUGUUAUGUGAUGGUGACAUUCAAGGAAUUGUGUCAGCGGGCGGCCACCGUUGUGCUGCGGAAAAUCAGCCUGGUAUCUUUACCAAGCAGAUAAUCUUGCAGCUCACGGAUUGGCAGGCUUUGUACAGUCAUUUCGUUCUGAGUAUGUGUGCAGAUUCUGUCUGGCAACUCAAGACCAGUUUAAAUCGCAGGAAGUUGCUGAGGGUGAAUUCAGUCUGAGAACUAAGGUAAGUCAUGAUCUGCAUGUCCAGAAUGUCUCAAGUAGAACUGGGGAAAGUAUCUGUGGUGUGAAAGCAGACUGUGUUUUGAAACAAAAGCUGCAAUAUUUUCAUCCCAUCACUGGUUUCCCCCCCGAUAUUCUUCAUGACCUCCUUGAGGGUAUUGUGCCAGUAGAAUUGGCUUUAUGCAUUCAGGAAAUGAUUCGUCUGAAACACUUCACACUUGAUUAUUUGAACAGGAAAAUUGAAUCGUUCCCAUAUCAACAUACAGAUAAGGUUAAUAAACCAAAACCAAUUUCCAAAACUUAUACCACAAAAAUGACAAUAGGUGGUAAUGGGCAUGAAAAUGCUGCAUUGCUUCGGCUGCUUCCAUUUAUGGUUGGCAAUGUAGUACCAGAGGGAGAUGGUGCAUGGGCAGUGCUAUUGGAAUUGAAAGACAUUGUGGAGUUAGUGCUGUCUCCAACAUUUACUGAAGAGAUGAUUCAGUAUCUACAGAGUAAAAUUAGGGACCACAGGCAAGGUCUUCUUGAAGUAUUUCCAGCUUUUAAGCUUCGGCCGAAGCAUCACUAUAUCGAACAUUACCCUGAGUUGAUCAGAUGUUUUGGACCUCUUGUACAUUUAUGGACCAUACGUUUUGAAGGCAAGCAUCGCUUCUUCAAACGGGUUGUGCACGAUACACAGAACUUUAAAAAUGUGCUGAAGACGCUGGCAAGCAGACACCAGCAUAUGAUGGCUUACCAUCUAAGUGCGCCAGGGUUCUUCAAACCACAUUUGCAGGCAUCAACAGUGACAUCUGUUUUAGUUUCAACACUACCUGAAGUGGCAAUACAGUAUAUUAAACAGAAGACUGACAGUAACACUAUAUACUGUGCAUCUACAAUCACCAUUGAUGGGAUGAAUAUUUCUACUGGGGAAUUUGUUCCUUCUGGAUUUGAAGCAGGGUUACCUCAGUUUUGUAAAAUUGAGUCAAUCCUCCUUGUGAAUGGUCAUGUGGCCUUCCUGUGCAGGGAGCACAAGUCCCAUUAUAUUGAACAUCUAAGAGCCUUUAAUUUGUGUUUGGGUGACUUGUCUGUUAAAACAAUAACAGAUUUGAGUGACACAUACCCCCUUUCUGC